CUCCUUGGUGGAUCCUCUUCCGUGUCCCACCCCGACAGCCCCAUUGCCCCUUCUGUACUCAGCCUGGGACUGGCUUCUGAGGUCUGGGGAGGGUUAGUAACUGGUCCUAGAGAUCCCAGAUCUCAGAGUUGUUUGUGAUGAGAGUGGACCAAGAAAGACCUGCCCCCCGUCCCGCCCCCUUGCACAGCCUGAAGUCCGGGAACCCUUCCCCUCCCGAGCUCUCUGUUCCUCUGACUUUGGAGAGAAACGGGAGUGCUGGGUGGGGGCUAUCGGGAAGCAGCAGCGUCCAGUCUGGGAGCGGGAGGAAGGUGUGCACCUGGGGUCAGCAGUGUUGGGAGGGGUGGAGGGAGAGUGCUACUUCUGCUGAGCCUGGUCACAGGGUGCCUCCCAGAACGGGCACCUUCUCUCCCUUCGUAAGUCCAGCUGACAUCCCUGCAGGGAAGGGGCCUCUGGCGGCCAUGUUGGGCUGCAGCCCUGGGCCUCACACCUCGGAAUGGGUGCUGCAGCCCUGGGCCUCAGACGUUUGAAUGGGUGCAGGGAACCUAAGCAGACUACACCACUUCCUGGUGGGCCCAAAGGAGGCCGCCUGCUGCACUCCAGUGGGGCCCCCCACAAAACCUUAGUGAGCUGGGCUGCCACACAGGGCAGUGGGUGGGGUAGAGGGCGCUUCUAGCUUGCUCGUCACCAAGAGCAGGGAGGCAGCACUGUCGUCACGGCUUCUGCAGGCCAGCGGUGCCCAGGCCUUGUUUGGUGGGCAGGGAAGCGACUGCACUGUCCUCUUUGACUCUGCACCAGAGCACCGACCCAUACCCCAGCCUCACUCUGCCCCACGCCACACAGGCACACACCACCAGUGGCGCUCCCCGCCUGGCCACGGCUCUGGGCCUGUGCACCCGUGUCCUGUCUGGCCCAGGCUCCCUGGGGGGGGUUGAGCAGGAAGAGGAGGCCCAGGAGGCCCUGACACCCAGGGCUGGAGUGUGCGAGGUCAUUUUGGCUGGCUGAAACCUGUGCUUUGUGAGUUCAUCUCUUGGCCGGUCUCAGUCCUGUGCACUGUGAGCAGGGGACAGGGACAGGCCCCCGAGGGAGGAGGCAGGGUGGCAGAGACGGCUGCUAGCACAGGUCCCCAAGCCUCUGCCUCUGUUGACCUAGUCCCCAGCUGCAUCCCAGCCCUCACUGGGAGCCGUUUGCUCAGCUGACCUGCCUGCCCUGCCGACCUCACCUUUCACUACCUGGCAGGGUUAGGGGGCCUGAUGCCACGCACCCUAGAUGGGCAGAUCACCAUGGAGAAGACCCCCAGCUACUUCGUGACGCGGGAGGCUCCCCGACGCAUCCACAGCAUGUCCCCGGACACGAAGCUGAUCGUGGUGGUGCGGAACCCUGUGACCCGGGCCAUCUCCGACUACACCCAGACACUCUCCAAGACGCCAGGCCUGCCCAGCUUCCGCACGCUGGCCUUCCGCCAGGGCCUGGGCCCGGUGGACCCCACCUGGAGCGCCGUGCGCAUCGGCCUGUACGCCCAGCACCUGGAGAACUGGCUGCGCCACUUCCCACUGUCCCACUUCCUGUUUGUCAGCGGCGAGCGCCUGGUCAGCGACCCUGCCGGAGAGGUCGGCCGCGUGCAGGACUUCCUGGGCCUCAAGCGGGUCGUCACGGACAAGCACUUCUACUUCAAUGCCACCAAGGGCUUCCCUUGCCUCAAGAAGGCCCAGGGCAGCAGCCGUCCCCGCUGCCUGGGCAAGUCCAAGGGCCGGUCCCACCCCCACGUGCCCGAGGCCGUGGUCCGGCGCCUGCAGGACUUCUACCGGCCCUUCAACCGCAAGUUCUACCAGAUGACCGGCCAGGACUUCGGCUGGGACUGAGCAGGCCCACCGGCCUGAUGUGCUUGUCCCCCAGCUCCUGCCUGCUCAGCCAGCCGCCGCGGCUGCACACGCAGGCCGGGGAGGGGCUAUUUAAGAAAUAAAGUUCGGAUCCGUGUU